AUGUCUGCCGCGAAUAGGGGUGCUGCCGCUCGCAAUGGGCGCAAGCGAUCGAGAGAGCCCGAUGAUGAUAUUCCAUCUUCGUCUGCGGCUCCGCCCUCAAGUCCGCCUCCAUCUUCGCCACCAUUGAUGCCUCUUGACGACGAAGAGGACGAAGGGUUAGAUCCGGACCGUGAUCUCAUCGGCGACAUUGACGACGCAGACGAGAUGGCAGAAGAUGAAGACGGAAUUGAUCUAUUCGCGGACAACUUUGAGCGAGACUACAAAGCUCGCGAGAAUGAUGCAUAUGCCGGGGCAGACAUUGAUGAUGAAGGCGAUUACGAAGAUCUUGAUGUGGCCACCCGAAGACAGCUUGAAGCUCGCUUGAAUAAGCGGGAUAGAGAGUUGGCACGUCGACGCCGUAUGCCGGCUGCGUUCUUGCAGGACGAGGAUGAAGAUGGAGAGAUGGAUCUCACAAGGCAGCCCAGGCGAAGAAGACAUCACUAUGAUGAAGAGCAAGAAGACGAAGAGAUGGGAGAGGAUAUCAUGGAUGAAGAGCUUUCCUUGGAGACUUUGCAAGACGUCAAGGCCUCAAGCUUGACUGAUUGGGUUGCUCUGCCGGCAGUAUAUCGAUCCAUCUUCAGAGAGUUCAAAUCCUUUCUCACUGAGUAUACUGAUGAUAAUGGCACCUCAGUCUACGGGACUCGAGUGCGGACAUUGGGAGAAGUCAACGCAGAGUCUCUGGAAGUCUCAUAUGACCAUCUUUCCGCAUCAAAGGCCAUCUUGGCCUAUUUCCUCGCCAAUGCUCCGGCUGAGGUUCUCAAGAUAUUCGAUCAGGUCGCUAUGGACGUGACUCUGCUGCAUUAUCCGGACUACGAGCGCAUCCAUUCCGAAAUUCAUGUCCGCAUAUCAGACCUCCCAGUUCACUACACUCUUCGUCAGCUUCGUCAAACGCAUUUGAAUUGCCUGGUGCGAGUUACUGGAGUUGUCACUCGACGAACAGGUGUUUUCCCACAAUUGAAGUACGUACGAUUCGACUGCACGAAAUGCGGUGUCACAUUGGGUCCUUUCCAACAAGAGUCGAAUGUCGAAGUCCGAAUCUCCUACUGUCAGAACUGCCAAUCCCGGGGCCCGUUCACCCUGAACUCUGAAAAGACCAUUUACCGCAAUUACCAAAAGCUCACACUCCAAGAGUCGCCCGGUACCGUGCCAGCCGGUCGUCUUCCUCGACACCGAGAGGUAAUCCUCCUCUGGGACUUGAUUGACUCAGCAAAGCCAGGAGAGGAAAUCGAAGUGACAGGCAUUUACCGCAACAAUUACGAUGCUCAACUCAAUAAUCGCAACGGCUUCCCCGUCUUCGCCACCAUCCUAGAGGCAAAUCACGUCGUGCAGUCCCACGAUCAGCUCGCUGGUUUCCGCCUUACCGAAGAAGACGAACGUGAGAUCCGCACCUUGUCCCGAGAUCCCCAAAUCGUAGACAAGAUUAUCGCUUCUAUCGCCCCUAGCAUUUACGGCCACACAGACAUCAAAACGGCCGUCGCUCUCUCCCUCUUCGGGGGCGUCAGCAAGGAAGCCCAGGGCAAGCACAAGAUCCGCGGUGACAUCAACAUCCUUCUCCUCGGUGACCCGGGAACAGCCAAAUCGCAAGUACUGAAAUACAUCGAAAAGACCGCUCACCGAGCCGUCUUUGCUACAGGUCAAGGUGCUAGCGCUGUCGGUCUCACAGCCAGCGUACGUCGAGAUCCGUUGACACAGGAGUGGACCCUAGAAGGCGGUGCCCUCGUGCUCGCAGAUCGCGGUACCUGUUUGAUCGACGAAUUCGACAAAAUGAACGAUCAAGACCGCACUUCCAUCCACGAAGCCAUGGAACAACAAACCAUUUCCAUCUCUAAAGCUGGUAUCGUAACCACUUUACAAGCACGCUGUGCCAUUGUUGCCGCAGCCAAUCCUAUCGGCGGCAGAUACAACAGCACAAUUCCCUUCGCCCAGAACGUCGAACUUACCGAGCCCAUUCUCUCUCGUUUCGACAUCCUUGUCGUGGUCCGCGACACCGUCGAUCCAGCCGAAGACGAGCGCCUAGCCUCCUUCGUCGUGAACUCUCAUGGCCGCGCCCACCCUUCCGCCAACUCCAUUGACGCGAAUCGGAACGCCAUGGAGUCUGAACACGACACCGAGAUGCGUGACCAACGAAUCAAUGGCGGGGAGCCGAAGCAGGAAGGAGAGAUACCGCAGGAAUUGCUGAGGAAGUAUAUUCUGUACGCGAGGGAGAAGUGCAGACCGAAGCUUUAUCAGAUUGAUCAGGAUAAGGUGGCGAGGCUGUUUGCAGAUAUGAGGAGGGAGAGUCUGGCGACGGGAGCGUAUCCCAUUACUGUCCGCCAUCUGGAAGCCAUCAUGCGUAUCAGCGAAGCUUUCUGCAAGAUGCGUCUGUCUGAGUACUGCACUUCGCAAGAUGUCGACCGCGCCAUCGCAGUGACGGUGGAUUCGUUUGUCGGCGGGCAGAAGGUCAGCUGCAAGAAGGCGUUGGCGAGGGCGUUUGCUAAGUACACGCUUGCGAAGCCAGGCUCGCAGAGGAGUCAGCAUGGGAGGAACGGUGUUAGGACUGGGGCUCCGGCCACGGCUGUGAUGGCUUAG